CUCAGAGUCAGAGGCUUCGUCUCCCAUUGUGGCGCUUCGUAGGCUGGAGCACAAGUUUUAGGCGCCUGCAAGUUCUCUUUGCGGAAGUCUCUUUUCCAUUCCCUGUCCAUUGGAGGCAAGCUUCUCCAGUCCAGCUGCCGGCCGCCCGUAGCUAGCUGAGAAGAUUGUGGAUCAGCCAAGGAAGUUGUAGUGCUUUAAUCGGAAUCAUUUAUUUGGCUGUUCUUAUCUGCAUCGAAGAGUUGAAGUUGUUUUCGUUCCGCAGCUUCGUACUUGGUGAGUACUUCACAUUUCCCAUGGCUGAUCCAGGUGACGUUGAAGCUAAGAAGAAGCCUGUAGGUAGGACAGACAGUAUGACGGGGAAACGACUGAGACUGAGCCAGAGGACACCCAAGACGGCAGCAGACCCUGAGGUGUUGCAGGUCGUGGAGAAGUUCGUUGAGAAAAGCGGGAGCCAGUUGGCAAACGGGUGGAAGCUGGGGAAGCAGCUGGGAAGGGGAAACCAAGGAGCGGUGUAUCUGCUGGAAGAUGAGGAUGGGAACGGUGCAGGCCGGGUUCUGAAGUUGGUCUGGAACAAGACAAAAGCUGCGAUUGUGGGAGGUUUUGUUCUGAUGGAAAGAGAGUGGGCCAUCGGCAGGAGACUGAACUUGCUCAAUGAAGAAGAUGGCUUCCUUGAAGGCUUCACACAGACCGGCUCCAAGAUCCUUGACAAGGACGGGUCCUUCCUGGGAACUGUGUUGGAGAAGCUGAACGGGAAGGGCGCUAAGAACAGACUAGAAGACCCCAAGUUCAAUGACAUCGACUACAUACUUGAGAUGAUGACAGAGGUUCUGAGGGCCCUUGACCGAGCCAGGUCGACCAUUGGCUUCAGGCAUGGGGAUAUGCAUAUUCGGAAUGUAAUGGAGCACAGGGUUGAGGAAGAGAGCGGGGGCCCUGAGUUGGAGACUGACAAGGUCUCUUUCAGAGUCAGAGUCAACCUGCGAGGCCUCCACUUCAAGAUCAUCGACCUUGGCCAUGCCGAAAUCAUUGAGGACCAAGCCGAUGACUAUGAGAAGAUAGUAAAGAAAAUGGAAGCAGACCCGCCGGAGUUGCCAAAGCUGAGUCCCGAGAAGGUGUACAGGGCAGCCUUUGUCAACCGGGAUGACGUCUGGCGCUUCGUUCGAUCCGUCAGCCAGUACCUUGGAGUGCGGGUAUGGCACGAGGAGGACAAGCUGAAAGUACAGCUGCUGCUGUCGAUCAUCAAGGAAAUAACAGGGAACAUUCACCGGGCCCACUUUGCGAUGUCGAACAAGGCUGGAGAGGCAAAGAGGACCAGCUGUGAGAAGGCAAUGUCGGUUGGGGGCACAUGCUUCACUUUCAAGUGGUUCAACGUAAACAUCCAUGCGUACUUCUUUCCCGGGCGUCCUACAAUCACGCCAAGGGAGGCCCUGGAUUUCAUUGAGAAACGGAAGAAAGAGCUCGGGUUGACAGACCGGGAACUCCACGUCAGCAAACAGGUCUGAGACGGGUGACUCCGCAGAAAGUUGCGUGUACAAUAAACCGGUCUGACCGAUGAACUGCCAAACCUGGGUUGUCACAUGGAAGGAAACGUCCUAUACUGACUACCGCCUUAUAGAUUAGUGAGCGAUACCCCAUCACCAAUCUGCUUGACCGACUGCCUGGCAAAGUAAGCCUUUUAUAUAUUGCUUUACUUUAGUUAGUUAUGAUCGGACUAAGUGCUAACUUAAGUGACUACUUCAUCACGAGUUGGCUUAUAUACUAUAGGACGUAGUUGUAGUGAGGGCCGGCGAGCGGAACGAUGCAACGCGCGCUCAAGUUGAAAUUUGAGAUACUUAGAUUGACAAAUGCGAGUAAUUAAUCAACGUAUAUUUAAUAUAUGAACAGCGCGUUAUGAACGUACAUACAAAUCUAACUAGGCAAAUCAACUUUUGUUGAACUGACAAUUCGGAUCGUCCGAAUUCGCCGGCCCCCCCACAUGUGACAGGCCCGCGCCUAGCAAGGACUGUUUUUCCGUUACUGUUUCCAAGCUGACGCGCU